UCAAAACCUCAGUUAAAUUUAACGGCUCGUUAAAGUUUUAACGGUCCGUUUAAUUUUAACUAUUAUUGGUAUGAGGUUGCUCAAAAUAAAGUUAGAAUUUAACGGCGGGUUUAACGGUUGAACCAGCCGUUAAAUGUAACGGAGGAAUAGACCUACGUUAAAACAUUAACGGAAGGUUUCCAAGAUGGCGGCUCUAUUUGUAAAUCAUAGAAAAGUGAAAGAAUUUCGGCACACUGCACAUGUACAGAAUAUGCUAGACAAUGAGAUGUAUGCCAGAUACAGAUAUACGAAUGGUGGAAUAGAUUAUCUAGAGGAUUUGCUGAAGGAAUCGCUGGAAAGAACGACAAGAAGAAACAGAGCACUUACUGUUAGACAGAUGAUUCUGAUUACGUUGCGCUUCUUCGCCACAGGAGCAUUUUUUAACAUCAUUGGUGAUAGCAUGGGCUACCACAAGUGCACUGUGUCACGUGUUGUAGCCCAAGUAACAGAAGCAAUUUGUGGUCACAUACAUCAGUUUGUGAUGUGGCCUGAUGCCAAUGCUCGAGCAUGGAAUAUGACAGAAUUUUUUAAGAAAGCUGGUUUCCCGAAAGUUGUUGGAUGUGUAGACGGAACACAUAUCCGAAUCCAGGCGCCAUCCGAAGACGAACCAGCCUUCGUGAAUAGGAAAGGCUUCCAUAGCAUCAACAUGCAGGCUGUAUGUGACAUCAAAGGAAAAUUUACAAGUGUAAAUGCAAGCUGGCCUGGGUCGUGCCACGACGCGCACGUCUUCAGAACGUCGGGAUUGGCAGCCAAACUGACCAUUGAACAUGUGGCGUUUUCAGAUGUGGACAUGAACAUGCCUAUGGACGACAAUGAGUUCAUUCAGCCACAGAAUGGGAAUGAUGGAGUACACCAAGAUGAUGGUACUGGCGUUGCCACUAGAGACUUCAUUGUGGAAAACUUCUUCUCUGUGUAG